GUCCGAAAUCGAGCAGCAGCUGCUCCCCAACAUCAUGUACCCAGCCCGUGACUACGUCGAGCCCUGGGCUUCCGGUAGAGUCCCUAGUGAGGGCGAAAACGGGAAAAGGGGCCUUAACUAGGGCACCUGGCUCUCUCGGGAGCUCGGAGUUUCUGACUGGCCUGCGCAACACUCCAGAAGCAAAGUGAACGCGAGGGCCUUUAAUGCAAGAACCAGGGGGUCCUAGCGACUGAGUCACGCCCUGUCUGGGGGAAAGAGGGAAUAAAGACUCCUCAGCUGCAGCCUAGCUGCGCAUUCGGACCCAGGGUCAGCCAUCUGAGCUCUCAGGCGCGGUCGGGUAGUUACACUAGUCCCCGGGGCUUCCCAGCGCUGCGGAAGACGUUCUCAAAUGCUUCCGCCACACUCAUCAUGGCGGUGACAUACGUCACUUCCGCCCGGGGCCGGAAGUGCGGGAUUCAGUGAGCAUGGCGGCGUCGAAGGUGAAGCAGGACAUGCCCCCUGUGGGGGGCUAUGGGCCCAUCGACUACAAACGGAACUUGCCGCGUCGAGGACUGUCAGGCUACAGCAUGCUGGCCCUGGGCCUCGGGACCCUGCUCUACGGGUACUGGAAAAUAAUUAAGUGGAACCGCGAACGCAGGCGCCUGCAGAUCGAGAACUUUGAGGCCCGCAUCGCACUGAUGCCGCUGUUGCAGGCUGAAACGGACCGGAGGGUCCUGCACAUGCUUCGGGAGAAUCUGGAGGAGGAGGCCAUCAUCAUGAAGGAUGUGCCUGGCUGGAAGGUCGGGGAGUCUGUGUUCAACACAACUCGCUGGGUGCCCCCCUUGAUCGGGGAGAUGUACGGACUGCGCCCCAUAGAGGAGGCUCUCCAUGCCAGCCACGGCUUCAUGAUGUACACAUAGGCUCUGUGCCCUCUGUACACCUGGACCCCUUCCCCUUCCCACUGAGACAGAAUAAAUGCUCUGCAGACCUGG